AACAAAAAUAAAGUAGGCAGGAAACCCCAGAGGUCAUGCUAAUAUCUCAAAACAAGAAAAUCCUGCAUACAGGUUAUUUGUUUCUGUUUUUUGGGCGUUGGACACAAGAAACUUGAUUACUUAAAAAUUUGAAACCUGGAAGUAACCAAAGGUGUUUUUGUUUCUUUGAUUUACUUGAAUUAUACAAUGACAAGCUUUCGUAAAAUCCUAGAUGCUAAUUUGUCUCGUGCACCGAAACGAGUUUACGAAAAAAUUCAGCGUGUAACUGUUCUUUAUAAAUUAAAAGACUUUCCUGAACCAGGUGAUCAAGAACUGUGCAAAGGAAUUACUUUUAUGAAUAAUGAAAAGUAUGAUGAGGCUUUAAAAUGCUUUGAAAAGGCUUCAUCUUACGAUAAUGAGUAUGGACUCCUUUUUGUUGGUAUAUUCAAUUUUAUUGCUUAUGGAUCAGUUAAACGAGAUCCACAAAAAUCUCUGGCUUAUUGGACAAAGGCAUCAUCUUUAUGGAAUAACUGCGUUGCACAAUAUCUUUUAGGAUGUUUAUAUAUGUCAGGCGAUCUCCAUGUCGAUGAAAAUGUUAAAGAAGGGUUUAGGUGGAUGAAAUUGGCUGCGAAAAAUGGUUGGACCUGUGCUAUGUUAACGGUAGCGUUAGUAUAUGUUGACCACGCUACCAUAAUGUCUGCCUUAAUAUUAGAAAAGAUAGCUAAAAAGGAUGAUAAUGACAACGAGCCUGUUGAAGAUGGUAUGCUUUACCUAUUUGGAAAUAAAGAUUUUGUAGUAGAGAUGGUAGAUGUAGUAGAAGAAUUUGAAAGAACAGCAGAAAUUCCAGAUAUGGGAGCUCAUGGACCGGUGGAAUUUGCUCGUCUUUUUAGUUCUCUUGAUAGUGACCCGCGUAUGGCAAUGAGUUUUUGGGAACAAUUGACACAUCGAAAAUCGACAGCAGUCGUUAAGGCUCAGCGUAGCCUUGCUGGCAUGUAUUUGCGGGGUAACCGUUAUCUUUCUUCUGAUCUAGAAAAAUCCAUAUACUGGUUAAAACGAGCUGGAAAAAAUGGUUCUGUAAAUGCAUACACAGAAAUCGGAUUAUUUUUUUUCAAUGGAGAAGUUGUGGAAAAAGAUUACAAAGAAGCUAUGCUUUGGUUUACGAAAGCAGCAGAUCUCGGAGACCAUUCUGCGUUCUAUAAAAUCGGAGGGUUCUAUCUGUCUGUAUUAGGACUAGUGAAAGAAGACAUGACUGAAACCUUUGAAUACUUCUUAGGAGAAGCUUUAAAAUACUGUCCAAUGGAUUUUUUUUACAUUGGGACAAUGUAUUUUAAUGGUUACAAAGGUAAAUUUGAUAUGGAUUUGGCUGUAGAAUACCAUAAAGCGACAAUUAAAAACGGUGCUCCCCUAUCUCAAGAAUCUAUAAACGAGAUCAAGACAAUGAAAACAAAACGAGAGGGUGAACCUUCUGAAGAAGAAGAAAGCAAAAAUUGUUCUCCGUAAUCAUGCUUUGUUUUGCGUACCUUUAAAACUGCUAAUAGUUUUGAUAAUGC